AUGGGCCUCAAUCAGCCCUCUCGAUCUCAACCUCAGUAUGAACAAAACCCAGAUUAUGACCUUUCCAAACCUCUCCCUUCCAAUGGCCUAGGCCUAUACCAAAAACUACCAUCGUACGGUGAUGCUCACUUCUCGCUCUUCAUGCGCAAGCUCUUCAUUAAAGCAAUGGGCUACAGCGAAGACGCCCUCUCCCGUCCCAUUGUUGGCAUCAUCAACACCUACUCGAGCUUCAACCCCUGCCAUGCCAACGUCCCGCAGCUCAUUGACGCUGUGAAAAGGGGAGUACAGCUGAACGGGGGGCUGGCGAUUGACUUCCCGACGAUCAGUCUUCAUGAGUCGUUCUCAUCGCCGACGAGUAUGUUUUUGAGAAAUUUGAUGAGUAUGGACACAGAGGAGAUGAUUCGGGCUCAGCCCGUGGACUCUGUUGUCUUGAUUGGAGGAUGUGAUAAGACGACCCCCGCCCAGCUAAUGGGCGGUAUCUCAGCCAACAAGCCGAUUAUCCAUCUCGUCACUGGUCCCAUGAUGCCGGGAAACUUUCAAGGCGUCCGUGUAGGCGCAUGUACAGACUGUCGAAGCAACUGGGCCAAGUUCCGGGCUGGCACUCUUGACAUAGAGGACAUCGCUGCCCUCAACGAAGAACUUGCCCCAACCUCGGGAACCUGCGGCGUAAUGGGCACGGCAUCAACCAUGGCCUGCCUUCUCGUCGCUCUGGGUAUGAUGCCCUUGAACUCUGCCACCGCCCCAGCUGUUUCUUCGGCUCGAUUGCGGAUCGCCGAACAAACCGGUGCCUACGCCGUCCAGCUGGCAAAGAACCCCUUGCCUCCACAAACGCUCCUCACCAAAGAGUCCUUCCUCAACGCCAUCACAGUCCUUCAAGCCCUAGGCGGCUCAACCAAUGCCAUCGUCCAUCUCAUGGCCAUCCUGAACCGGCAUCCUACCCUGGCUGGGACAAUCACCCCUGCAACUAUCGACGAAAUCGGUCGGAAGACUCCCCUUCUCUUAGAUCUAAAGCCUAGCGGGGAGAACUACAUGACAGAUUUCCACGCUGCGGGUGGUAUGCCUGCCCUGCUGCACGAACUCAAGCCCCUGCUUCACCUCAACGUCAUGACUGUGACCAGCCGUACCCUCGGUGAAGAACUCGCCCUCCAUCCUGUCCCCCGUCUCCAGUCAAGUUCCCCUUUGUCGGGAAUCAUACGUCCCUUCACGCAACCACUCUACCCAUCCUCCUCUCUGGUUGUCUUCACCCAAGGCAACCUCUCCCCCUCUGGCAGUGCCGUCUUGAAAGCGAGCGCUUCGCUCUACAAACACCUUUUGCGUCACCGUGGGCCCGCAGUAGUUUUCUCCAGCUCAGCAGACCUCGCUUCUCGCAUCGACGACCCGAACCUCCCCGUCACCCCCGACAGUGUCCUGGUACUACGGGGUAUCGGUCCCGUCGGGAACCCGGGUAUGCCCGAGGCUGGACUUAUCCCCAUACCUAGGAAACUGGCCUCUCAAGGAGUCAAAGACAUGCUGCGUAUAUCGGACGGGAGGAUGAGCGGUACCGCGGGAGGUACCAUUGUCUUGCAUGUCUCGCCCGAAGGGGCAGACCCUGACUCGGUGCUCGGGAUCGUACAAGAUGGGGAUAUGAUUGUGUGUGAUGUCGAGCAGAGGCUGUUGAGUGUGGAGUUGGAUGAGGAGACGAUAAGGGCGAGGAUUGAGGCGAAGAGGAGGAGGAUUGCGAGCGGAGAAGAAAAGUCGGCUUGGAAGGAGAGGGAGACCAUUAGGGGGUAUGCUGGGUUGUAUGCGAGGGAGGUGAAUGGGCCGGAGGAAGGAGUUGAUUUUCGCUUUUUGACGGCGACGGGGCCGAGGGGAUGA